AUGUUCGAGUUGUGUUUUGUUUACUUUAACAUGUCCACGGUCUGCUCGCUUUGCCGCAUCAUCCUCCACGCUUCCCCUUUCCUUCGGACUCACCCCGCCUUGUCAGUCGCCCUGAUAUCUGUCCCCAGACCCACGACCACGGCCAUAUUCGGUCCACCUCCCCCUCUCCUCGUGCAUUGGGAUGUCCCCUGGCUGCUCACUUUGCCCUGGCUGCUCACUUUACCGUUUAUUUUUGUUUUGGGGCGAAACUUCCAGGGCCCUGAGUUCUUGUUUUUCUGUGGGCAUUCCCUUGCAAAGUGUCCCCGCCUGCCACAGGAGAAACAUGCGCCGGCUCCUCCCAUUUCUGUGUUUGUGGUCCGGUCCCUAUCUUGUGUCCCAUUUCCCCCUUUCUGGCCCCCGUAG